AUGGAGCCGUAUACGCAUAUCGACACUCCACGGCCAUAUCUCAGCUCGGACAUGAGCGAAGACGAUAGCGAGGCCGAUGACGCCUUUCGUUCUUCGAUAGACUUCCUCAGCGUCAGUCGCUUUUGCCAUGUCCAGACCGCAGAAAGCAGGUUCGGUGCAGACGUCGGCCCAGAGAUCAAAAGCUUUGUUUACGAGCCGUGGCAUAGUUUCGAUAUAAAUGACGACAUCUCUGACGACAGCACGGAGGAUGAAUUAUCUGAUGAGAUUGAUAGUAUCGAACUCAAUGAACACGACUGGGCUAUAGGGGUGACUCCUGAUAUGGUCGCUACCUGGGGACCAUUUGCAGCGGCACCACUUCCCCAGUUUGCGGCUACCAUGCCUCCAACACUACUACCACAAAUGCCGAUAGGGCUGCAGGCGCCGGGGGUAGCUGAUGAUCUUUUGCCCCAGUUACAAUUGCCGCAACAGCAAAACCAGCUCCAGCAGCUCCAGCAACAGGAGGAAAUGGGGCGGGAGCAGGGGCGGCAGAGGUUUCCACGAGCUCAGAGGUUGCGGUUGAAUUUGACUGCUCUGUCACAAAAAUACAACCUUUAUUUUGCAUCUUAUCAGAACAAGAUACACGCGUUCAUCCCCCGGAAGGGCCCGAACUUGCUUCCCGGGCCCUGCUUGGUGCUGAAACCUAAAAAACUGAAGACUGACUGGCCCGUCAGACCGGCUAUCGACCAGUCGUUUGGCCACCAGAUCAACCACCUUAUGAUCGGUGAUUUAGGCCACCUGGAAGUUCUCUUUUUUGCCUUUGAUGACGGCGAUGUCGGAGCCUACUACACGCACACAAUUGCCCACUACAUUGUAUCAGCAAGUCGACAAAGGGAAGCGAAUGGCAGACCUCCUCCCCGCUCAUUGAUACCCAGAGAGUUUUUUCAUGAAAAUGUGGGCGAGUCUGCUUGGGGAAUUGCGAUCCAUCAAGAAUCACGCCUACUUGCUGUCAGCUCCAACAGGGCUGAAGUAACGGUAUUUGCUUUUGCGCUCCGCCAGCAUCGACAUCAGAAACCGAAAGAUGAUCUUACAUCUUAUUUAGAUCCAUCUCCCCAGAUCUGGCCCGGCCAGACAGCUCUUGGCCUGGAGAGAGACUUCCAGACUCGAACUAGGACGUGGAAGAUCAUCCUACCUCUCGAUUCCCGUGGAAGCAAUAUUCCGAACAUAUCUUUCUGUGAUGACGAGCAAGGUUGUGCGGAGUACGUGGUCGCUCAAGAUAUAAAGCAGCGGACAUGGUUCCUUGACAUAUGGCGACUGGGAUAUCCUCCAGUUGAUAUCAUGCAUGAGACGUCCAAGAUGAACUACGUUACGCCGACACAUAUCGGUUGGGGCGUCAUGAUUUUGCCUGAUAGAUCUUUCAAGCAAACAGCAUCCUUACACGAGUGCUUAGGUCUUCCGCCUUCGGAGUUUUCAGGUGGAACAUUGCGUAGUGCGCAAUUAUGGCUGGACACAACCAAUAGCCUUUCCCAUGUGAGGGAUCUGGCAAAUCCUCUCUCAUAUCUCAUUCCCGCGCCCCAUAAUUCUUCAUUCAUCGGCCCGGAGAGAAUCGCCGGGUUCCCUAUUGAGGAAGACUUGGACGAAGAAAGCGGGGCGGAGGAAGAGACGGAGAUUUUGGAUGCGGCUAGGCCAUGGACCAACGUUGAUUUUGGGGUUACCGACCGGCGGUCCAUUAUCUUGAGCGGUGAACAUCCCAGGCCUCGUCAGGCUCCUCGGGCGUACCUGGAUGAUACCCACGACGGCAUCCAUAUGGCUCAGUUCAUCGUACCGAGAUUUGCGCAUGUUCCAGACUCAUCAAGCCUUAGACGCGAACGAUAUUCGCGCUGGCGCACCCCUGCGGUCCCGUUCAGUAAAUGCGAUUUCUUUUCGCGCUAUGCGACAAAGAAUAUGUCCAUACUCUUGACCUCUUCGACAGAUGUCUGCUUGCUACACAUGGAUCCCCAGGGUACGCCUGUGCUUUGCAGGCAAGUUCUUCCGUAUCACAACCACCUUAACCGGCAUCAGUCACCAUAUGACCUCCACCGAGACUACUCGCAGCGAAUCGGUAUGCUCCUCCACGUACCAGAGCUCAACCUCGUAGUCCUCGGAUCACUCUGUGGCCGUGUUGCCUUAGUACGUCUGACAAAGACGGCAAAGCUUUUUUACGGUGCACCAGUACGCCGUGGAUUCCGCGUGGAAAUGGUUUUGCCGCGUCGGUCAGAAGAGGAUAAACGGAUGCGCCCGUGGUGUACUCUCCAUGGCAUUGCCAUUUCCCCUAUGCCUGACCCAAAAACGGACGGUAUCUCGUUGCACAAAGAGGGCGAUGAAGGCCAAGAACCGGCGUUGAAGAAAUGGAGGCUGGUACUACAUUAUCUGGACCAUACGAUUUUAACAUAUAUCAUUAUGAAAACAAAAGACGACGAAGACCUACUCGUUGUCUGA